AUGGCGGAACAAGCGCAGCAAUUGAUUUAUACUUGGAAAUGGAAAACUGGAAUAAAGCCCAAUCAUGUCACUUUUAUAGCUCUUCUAACUGCCUGUAGUCAUGGAGGUUUAAUAGAUGAAGGUUACGAAUUCUUCCAUAAGAUGAGUAGUUACGACAUAAACCCAAAGAUACAGCAUUAUGGAUGUAUGGUUGAUAUCCUGGGUCGUGCUGGGCAUUUAGAUGAGGCAUCAAAUUCCAUUGCUUCCAUGCCAAUUAAACCAGAUGCUUGCAUAUGGACAUAUGUGCUACUUUCAAAUGUUUAUGCAAAAGCUGGUAGAUUAGAUGGUGUGAGCAGACUAAGAACAAAGCUACAUGAUAUAGGAUUAAGGAAGCAACCAGGAUAUAGCCUUAUAGAACAAGAUGUUCUUCAUAAGUUUACUUGUGGGGAUUUCUUUGAUCCUCAUGCUACAGAAAUUUAUUCCAUGUUGGACGAGAUUGAAAGAAGAUUACAGCAACAAGAACUACAACAAACAUCAUCUCACCACAGUGAAAGGUUGGCUGUAGCUUUUGGGCUUAGAAGCACCCCUGAAAAAUCCCCAAUCCGAAUUGUGAAUAAAAUCUCCGGAUUUAUGAAGCUUGUAUCUCAAGCCUAUAAUAGAGAAAUUGUAAUUCUGAGAUAG